AUGGCUCGCACUAAGCAAACCGCCCGCAAGUCCACUGGUGGCAAGGCCCCUCGCAAGCAGCUCGCUUCCAAGGCUGCCCGCAAGUCCGCCCCCUCUACCGGUGGUGUCAAGAAGCCUCACCGCUACAAGCCCGGUACCGUCGCUCUCCGUGAGAUUCGACGAUACCAGAAGUCCACUGAGCUUCUCAUCCGAAAGCUCCCCUUCCAGCGUCUCGUCCGUGAGAUUGCCCAGGACUUCAAGUCUGAUCUCCGAUUCCAGUCCUCCGCCAUCGGUGCUCUCCAGGAGUCCGUUGAGUCCUACCUUGUCUCUCUCUUCGAGGACACCAACCUCUGCGCCAUCCACGCCAAGCGUGUCACCAUUCAGAGCAAGGAUAUCCAGCUUGCCCGCCGCCUCCGAGGCGAGCGCAACUAA